AUGAAGAAUAUUGUGUUGCCUCUGCAUCCCUUCAUCUUGUUCUGCCUCUUUCUCUUUGCCUUGCCCACAAGUAAUCUUGCCCAAGAAUUACUCGAUGCGGAUGGCGACAUUUUAAUAAAUGGAGGUUCCUACUACAUACUUCCAGCUUUCGGAGGAAAAGGUGGUGGCCUUGAACUUGCCAGGACUGAAGGCGACACCUGCCCUCUCACCGUCGUCCAAGCUCGCUCCGAGACUUCUAGGGGCUUGCCGGCGGCAAUCUGGACCCCCCCUCGAAUUGCUUUUCUUUCAUCGCACUUUUACCUCAACAUUGAAUUCGAACCGAAAAAUUCAUCCGCCUGCCACCCCCAUGAAUCUAGAUUACGGUGGGAGGUUGAAGAAGAAUCGCAACAAGUGAAGAUUGCAUCCGAGGAUAAACAACCCGUCGUCUCUGGGCGAUUUCAAAUCCGGCCAUAUGGAGAUGACUACAAGCUUGUUUACUGUGGAGGUAAUAGAGAUGCCUGUAAGGAUCUGGGCAUUUCCAUUGACGAUGAGAACAAUAGACGUUUGGUUGUGAAGAAUGGAGACCCACUCGCAGUUCGGUUCGUGAAGGCUAAUCGCUGAGGCGACUACGCCGGAAUGAGCGUUGUUUGAUGAUCGAUCAUCUCUCUCGCUUUUGCUUUUCCUUGCUUUUUAAAGCUUAUAUA